AUGUAUUCUUCAACUAUCCUCUUGAUUUCUGCUCUCUUCUCUGCGGCUACCGCGUCGCCUUUGACCGCCCGGAGUAUUUGUCACCCCAACUUUGAGGGUGCUGCUCUCACCGUGACCGGGUAUAGCGCUUACGGCGCAACCUCAUGGGCAGCUACCCCCGUAGUUGGAGCAGUCACCCCCGUAGUCGGAGAGCUGGCUAACGGAAGCACUGCACCCUCCAAGUUCUUCUUCCAGCAGAACGGAGAUGAUCCCGACGUCACCUACACUGUCAAGACCGUGGCUAACGUCAACUUUGCGGUCGAACUUACUGCCACUGGGGGGGUGGUCACACAUAAUGUCGACUGGUCAGGUAGUAACGUGAACCAGAAAUGGAGAGUUGAAUGCACGACAUGUGCUACAGAUAUCUCCCAGAAGCAAGGAGUCGUCGCUUCGGGAUGCGCAAUCUCCUCUGCCUUCCCGGCCACCAACGGGUUCUGCGUCAGGAUGAGUAGACCUGGCCGUGAGUUGGAGUUAGCCAUUUGCCCUAGCGAGGGGAACGGAAACUUUUAUUUCUCGGUUUGAAGAAUCUCCGAACGGGAGGUUGAACUGGAGGCUUUGUUUUCCAAGUUGUGCUCUUUUCCUAGUAUAUACACGAC